AUGUCACCCAAAUCUUCUAAAGCUUUCAAGGUUCCGUUCAGCCUGACGGGUAGCGACUACAAGCUUUUGUGUGGCUUCAUUAUCAAUAGCGAGAAGAUCAAGUAUGAUCUAGCAAGCGUUACCGAAUACAUGGGCUCAACAAGUCAACAAAGUACCCAGAUUCGCGUUAAUGCACUCUUGAGAAAACUUAGGCGCGAUGGUCACGAAAUCGCCGAAAAAUUGGAUGCGGAGGCCAAUGAAGCCAUACGGAAUGCGGUAGCCCCGGUCUCACACGUUAACCCGCGAAAGCGUGCCCGGGAAGACAACGGACCUGACAAUGAAAACCACAACGUCAAUAACCGCCACAACCCCGGCCUCUCAUCGUCUUCUUUGUUUGCGCGAACCCCCAGGCCUGCCCUGCCGCAGCAACAGGACCAGCAACAACACCAUUACCAGCAACCCCAGAAACAUCACGAAAUCCCUUUCGCUACUUACACCCACGGCUCCCGAGAGUUCCCGGUACCGGCCAAAACCCAUAUGUAUGAGACCCCCCCGCCGCCCUACACUCGCCUUGCCACUGCCGGUACUGGGGUGAUGAUCACUACUCCGGUCAUUAACUCGAGCCAUGCUGUCAAUCAGGGUAUGGGCGUGGGCAUGGCCAUGGGGUCCCUCUCUGGGGCAGAGAGACUCGGCAACGGAUUUCGACAAAGCUUGGACGGUGAUGGCUUUCCACUUGGUACCCAUCAUGUUGGAAACGAGUUGACCUUUGGUGCUCCCACUCGCUCAGCUCCCCUGGCCUACUCAAGCGACGCCAGGAACGGUUUUGGGGUGCACGGCAGCCAGAACAGCAACCGAGUCAACCGUCUAGAUGAAGGCUACAUGGGAAAUGUUGACACGGUAAACGGUAGUGCGAUGGGCUUUACUCGGCCUAACAGCCUGGGCUACAACCUCUCUGUGAAUAGCGCGACUUUCUACAACAACAACCUGCGUUUGGGGGAUACCUUACCAAGUCUGAUGGGCAAUGACUUAGCCAACGGUUUAAACGCAAUUCCCGGCAACUCUAGCAAUGACGCUGCGGUGGAUCGUGGCGUGCAACACAAUUCCUUCAACCCUCGCUUCAACCACCCAACUAACUCAAACGAAUUCUCGGUGAGCGUUCCUAUUACCACGGUUCCGCAUCCCGUCAAGCCUGUCUUUCAGCCAGGCUUCCAGCCCACCCAGAACUUCCAGGUGCCCGACCACCAGAUUGUCAACUUGAACGUUGACUUCCUCGGCAAAGAUGGAAACCAAAAUGGAAUCACGGCGGCAGCCACCCAGCCAAAUGGAGUACAACCGAAAGUGACAGUGUCUAUCCUCGAGCAACUACCUGUGCCCAUACCCAUGCCUGCCGCUGAAAAAACGCCCGAACGCAUACCUACACUCGUCAAUACAGCCGCAACUAUAGCAGAUGCAGACCCGAUCAUACUCCAGCAGCAGCAGGGGCAAGAUCAACCACAGGAGCAACAGCGGGCACCAGAGCAACAGUCUCUUCAAGAGGAAAUAGAUUCUUGGGAUCCCCUGUUUCACCAGGAUCAGGAGCAACUACCGCAGGGAGAGUUCGAUUCUGUGGAAGCCCAGGUCUUCUCUGCACUUUCUGCCGAGGGAUAUGGUAUCGAUUACCUGGAUCUAUAG